UGGACUCUUUAUUUACGUUUUUAUCAGCAUGUUGCAUGAGAAUCUCGUAGUUUAUCAUUUUAUUUUCAUUUUCGUAAAUUUUAAUUAAUUUCAAUAUCAGUUACGCAUCUUCUCAUUAUAUACCUUGGUGCUCAGCAAAGAAAGGCUGCCUCAUUCAUCUCUUUAGUUCAUUUAUACCUAAAUUCUCAUGCAAUUCCGUAGUUUAACUUCAGCCAUUUCAGCAGAAUGUCCAUAGUUUAUUCUUGCUUCAAAAAUUGUUUCAACGGGGUUUCAUUUCCUGCCCAUCACAUACCCAGACAUGAAUUUAAUCCCAUCGUUCUAGAUACAGGAUGUGUAGGUCAUGAAGUUGUCAUAGUGAAGAAUGGAAUCCGAAUUUGUGGCACCGGCGGAGCUCUAUGCACAGCUCCCCUGGUACAAAACAAGGCUUAUUUUGAAGUGAAACUUCAACAGUCAGGGGUCUGGGCGGUAGGUGUAGCAACACGUAAUGCCAAUCUGAACAAAGCUCCAGGCGGUGAGGACUCUGAAUCAUGGGUCUUAUGCCACGAUGGAAGACAACGACAUAAUGCAGAGGAUAUUGGUGUGAUUGAAGCAGGCAAUGCGGUAGAGGGAGAUGUUAUAGGUAUAUCAUACGAUCAUGAAGAGCUCAACUUUUAUGUGAAUGGGAAAAACCUGGGCUGCCCUGUUCUAGGAAUAAAAGGAACAGUUUUUCCCGCUCUUUUUGUGGAUGAAGGUGCAAUUCUAGAUCUGAUCGUAGAUAAUUUUCAGUAUCCGGUGCCACCUGGGUAUGAUAGGAUCAUGCUUGAGCAGUCACUUUUGUAAUACUUGUAUACUUAGACUUAAUAUCUGUCUUCACUGUGGCGUUCACUGUUGUUCUUUAAUCGAACAAAAGCACUGAUGGUAGCUCUGGUCAAUGGCAAAAGUGCUCUGUACAAAUUUAUUAUUUUACUGAAACUCUAUUUUUAUUGACAGAGCAGUUAGUUGAUGAUGUUUCUUAAACCUUAUCCAAUACUGAACUAAACACCCAAACGCUUGAAUCUCUUCAUUUUAUAUUUUACAAGAAAUUGUCUCAACUUUCAAACAUGCUUUUUAAGUUAAUUUGUGAACCAAAAAUACCCUGAUCGAGGUGAAUCUAUAUUGAAAGCACCCCUUGGAACAAACCCUUCUACAAUAUUUGUUUCAUUUUUCGCAAAAAAAAAAAAAAAAAAACAGAAAAUUUUCCCCAGAAGCACACUUUAGCCGUCUAUUCGUAAAAAUUUCAUUUGGAAACCCGAAAUUAUAGCAUGACCCUUUAGUCAAUCCAUCAUUUGCCUCCUUUGUCAACAAAAACCACCCUCUCAAGGUACUAGGUAAAUUGCUAAGGUAAUUGCUUCAUUUUCCCUUUGUCCACUUUGACUAUCGCUUUAUCCAUCGAUUUUAAUAAUUAGCCCACACCCCUAAUCUAGGAUUUGCAGAAGAAAUUUCUCUAGAAUUGACAAAUGGAGUGUGCUUCAUAGCAUCAUUCCGAGUUUUAUUACAAAAAUAAAACUGAAACUAGGAUCUCAGCAUCAUUUUUUUGAUGUCUCACUGUUUGUUUUUCUUGAAUACAAAUUUACGUACAGGCUUUUCUGUAUCAGUGCUCUCCUUCAUCGAUAUAUUUUAACAAGUACCCUUUUUCAAUCAAACUUUUAUAAUUCCUUGUUCAAAAUUCAUUUUUAAUCUCUUACCCAUUCUCAUAAUAGAUAUUGUCAAAAAAGAGAGUUAAAAAGGAAUAGUUCAAGCCGCGUAUUUUGAAUGUGUAGCACCAUCAUCAGUUUUACUUUUAAUGUCUUCUAUUUUUUGUAUUGUACACAUUUUUCAGCUGGAAAUGUAUCUUUUUGUAUUGUCUGAUGGAGAACAUUGUACCUUAUUGUCUAACUUUUUUUACGCUUUACCCUUCUGUUGAGCCAGUUUUUGGUUUAACAUAUUUUUGAGAUCUUGUUAGCUAAGCUAUUUUUUUUUCCGUUUUCUACCCAACAAUUGCUGAUGGCACUCGUUGUCUCUCAUAAUAAAAUCAAGGGUCUCACAUCACAGCAACUACUGAAGCGAGGUGAACACUGCAAGUGCUAUUUAUCGCAAAAGGUGUGUCAACUGCAAACAAGAAGAAAGACAUUUUUUCCAUUUAGUGGUCUGUGUAUGUAACAUUCAUUCAUCUUUACUUAAAGUUCCUACGCAUCACUGAUCUUAUAAUCCAUGUUUAUUAUAUGUUCCCAUAGUUUUUUUUUUUUUUUUUUUUUUUUUUUUUUUUUCAAGCAAUUUCUCUCCUUUAUAUUAGGGUCAUUACACUUCAGGGCAUCACAAUAAACAUUCAUCAGGGUAAUAUUGAUUACCGUUUAACCUCAAUUUAUUUUGCUUUUGGAAAUCAGAUUUUGAAUAGUCAAAAAACUGCCUUGUUCAGUUUUCCACCUCAGUUUUUAACAUUGUCAGUUGUAGAAUCUAUCAUGUUGAUUAUUUAAGAGUUAAGGAAAGAAUUUCUCAUUGAGGAAUUUGUUUUUGUAGCCCAGGCACAAUUUCACCACGAUACUUUCGUUUUUUAGAAGUUCAAACUGGCAAGUCAAAGACUCGUGUUUCCAAACACGUUGUACUUUAAGCCUCAGGAGUAAACCUGUUGGAUUGAAAAACUUAGUAAACUGAAGAGCUAUUGAGCUAAGAGAGCAAAGAAAUGUAACCAAGAAUUGAACUGAAUUUUUUUUAAGGUGAAAGUUAAUGCUACAGCUAAUGUUUUCAAAACAGAACCUCUUCACUAUAUCUAUUUUGAAAUAGUUGCUUUUCAUUCUUGGUUUCAUUUUAUUCAGUUCAGCCCGUUAAUCGUUGGAUUUCCCUUGAUUGUUGUUUAUGAAAUUAUUUGAUAAGUGUGAUGAUUCUUGGAAAAAGAGUUAGGUACUUAUCGGCCAAAAUUUGCUGGAUUGAAUUAUAAUGCUUCGUGUGAUUGAGUUUAAUAAUGAGCUUUUAGUAUUUCUUCCAAUCGUUUACUGGUAACGGAAACAAGAGAAAGUUCUAAAAGCAAGAGAGUAUGCCUUUGUGUAAUGUCACAGAGUGGUAUUGAUGCACAUAUUUCCCUUCUAAAAGUGCGCAUUUCAGCAGAUACUAUCUUAGUAUUACUUAGUACUUAAUUAGUGUCCAACUUCAAAAUUAAGGACACCUUUGUGUUUACUCACAAUCAGUAGUUUUUAUUCUUCAAAAAUAAAAAUCAUCCAAUUAAAUUUCAACCGUCUGUAAAUUAUUCUAUAAUUAAAUUCUAAAAAGCCAAAAUCAGUGGACUUAAGUUACAAAGUGUAAGAAACCUCUUUUCAGCUUUUUUUUAAAAUGAGCCAUCAUAGAAAACACAGCAGAAUGCUCAAGAUUCUUUGCUCUAUCUCACGUCAUGAAAAAGAACAAAAAUGUUAACGAUCAAUCUGCUGAUAAGUUUAUCAUCGUCUUUAAGAAUGGUUAUUGUAACUAUUAAUUUAUUCAUUUACCCUGAAGUCCGAAACAUCAGAAUCAGAAUGUUAUUUAUUUUGUAAAUAUGUAAUUAAAAACUUUAACUCUCUUUAA